GCGAGGCCGCGGGGGCGCGGAGCCGCUGGCCAGGCCCCAGAGUGCACUGCGGAUACGUGCGCGCGCGGCUCCAUUGACGAGCGACCGCGGGAAAGUUCUAAAAAAGUCAAAACAAAACAAAAAACCAGUACGAGGCAAAGUCAAAUUUUCAAGCCACAGAACCGGGCGGUGGCAGCCUUUCCGCCACUGCCCAAACUGCAGAAGCAGCUCUGGCGCGGACCAGCUGUGGUGAUUAUGGAUGCCAGGCGCUAAGAUGUCAUAGCAUCUGUCAUCUUGGGUCCACAAGGCAUUUGUCAUUUCUUGAGAAGCUGGGAGAGACCAAGAACCUAGAAGAGGGCCUGUACUACUAAAAGUGAGAGAAGUUAGCAGAACUUUUGGCAGUUUCACAGGAUUGGAGAGACAUACAUUGGAGUUCCAAAGAUUUGAUGUGUGUUCACUGUUUCCUUCAGCGUGUGAUAAACCACUGUGAAGGUACAUCACCUUUUCCCUUUUUCUGAGAUGGCUCAAGAUUCAGUAGGCCUUCCUUCUGAUUUUCAGUUUUGGAUGCGCAAGCUUUCUGUAUGGGAUCAGGCAUCCACUUUGGAAACCCAACAAGACACCUGUCUUCACCUGCCUCAGUUCCAGGAGUUCCUGAGGCAGUUGUAUGAAGCCUUGAAAGAGAUGGAUUCAAGUGCAAUUAUUGAAAGAUUCCCCACAGUUGGUCAACUGUUGGCAAAAACUUGCUGGAAUCCUUUUAUCUUAGCAUAUGAUGAAAGCCAAAAAAUUCUAAUAUGGUGCUUGUGUUGUCUGAUUAAGAAAGAUCCACAGAAUUCUGGAGAAUCAAAGCUUAACUCCUGGACACGGGGGUUGUUAUCUCAUAUACUUUCCACCUUCAGAUUUAAUAUAAAAGAAGUUGAUCUUUUUACUCAAGUUCUUGGGUAUGCACCCACAGAUUACUAUCCUGGUUUACUUAAAAAUAUGGUUUUAUCAUUAGUGUCUGAACUCAGAGAGAAUCAUCUUAAUGGAUUUAACACUCAAAGGCGAAUGGCUCCUGAACGAGUAAGGUCCCUGUCACGAGUUUGUGUCCCACUUGUUACUCUGCCAGAUUUUGAACCAUUGGUAGAGGCUCUGCUCACCUACCAUGGACAUGAACCUCAGGAAGUGCUCUGGCCUGAGUUCUGUGAUGCUGUGAAUGAGGCUUUUUUGCUGAAGAAGAUUUCUCUCCCCGCGUCAGCUAUACUCUGCCUCUGGCUUCGGCACCUUCCCAGCCUUGAAAAUACAAUGCUGCAUCUUUUUGAAAAGCUUAUCUCCAGUGAGAGAAAUUUUCUGAGGAGGAUCGAAUGUUUUAUGAAAGACUCAUUGCUGCCUGCAGCUGCCUGCCACCCUGCCAUAUUCAGAGUUGUUGAUGAAAUGUUCAGGUACGCACUCCUGGAAACUGAUGGAGCCCUAGAAGUACUGGCCACUAUCCAAGUGUUUACACGAUGCUUUGUAGAAGCUCUGGAAAAAGAAAACAAGCAGCUGAAGUUUGCAUUCAAGACCUACUUUCCUUAUGCUUCUCCGUCUCUUGUCAUGGUGCUACUCCAACACCCGAAAGAUAUCCCACAGGGACUUUGGCACCAGGCACUGAAACAUAUCUCUGAAAUGCUCAAAGAAGUAGUUGAAGACCAAACUCAUGGGUCCUACGGAGGCCCCUUUGAGAGCUGGUUUUUGUUCGUUCACUUUGGAGGAUGGGCUGACAUGGCGGCUGAGCAGUUACUGACGUCGGAGGCUGAGGCUGAAGCUCCAGAGGCCCUGCUGUGGCUCCUGGCUUUCAGCUGCGGUCCGGGAGCUGGGCAUCAGCAGAGAGCACAGACCAUGGUGGAGGUGAAGGCCGUGCUCAGCCGCCUCAUGAAGCUGCUCAGGAGUCCCACCCUCUCGGCCAGGGACCUGCAGGCGGCAGCUGGAGAGGGCGGGGAGGGAGCUCUCAGACCGCCUGCCUGUCAGCAGCUGAUCAGGCGCCUCCUCCUGAACUUCCUGCUCUGGGCUCCCGGAGGCCACGCGAUUGCCCGGGAAGUCAUCACACUCAUGGCUCAGACUGAUGCAAUAAUGCACGAGAUUAUUGGCUUUCUGGACCAGACCUUGUACAGAUGGGACCAUCUUUGUGUGGAAGCCCCUAGGUCGAGGAAACUGGCCAGAGAGCUCCUCGCAGAGCUGCGUGGGCAAGCCUAGCCCAGGCAAGUUAACCAGGGAGGCUACGCGAUGAAAUGGUGGGGCCGCUUCUUAUGGCCUGUUUGUCGCAUGCAUUCCCUCCUUGAGUUGCAAGAAUGAGCCAUAAACGUCUUGGCAAGAUCUGGUAGCACAUAUUUUACAAACUGAGAAGUCAGGUGCUUUAGCCUGAAUUCAGUGAGAUUUACUCACUAAUGACGGGGUUAUGCUUCAGCGUUCCCUGUGCCUGUUCAGCCCGGAUGUCGAUUAGAGAAUCACUCAAGAAAAGGCUUGGAUGGGAGAACAGAUUUUUAUUUCCUUCCCCGCCCCCCCCCAUCAAACCAAGAUGCACAACUAUUAUUUGGAUGUUUCAAACUUUUUGGACCAAGAAAUUGGUCAUGAACCACUGAUCAAUUUAGAAGGUAACUUAGCUGUUUUCCACAGAUCUCUUUUCUAAGAAGUCCUGUAAUUGUUACUGGUAUUUCGUCUUAUCCACCGGGAUACUCUCUUGCUCCCCUAAGACGUUCUUCAUCCAGGAUAGUCAGGAUCCCUCAAGUUUCCCUCCCGUGCCCCCUGAGCAGAGCCCACCCAAGCCCAGUAGCAAGUAGUGGUGACGGGGUAGCAACACUGCUUAGCAAUGAAAUAAAGCCAGCUUUGGGGCUUUUUGCUUUAUACUGGCUAAGCACUGGCUGUUACCAAAAGAGCUCAUAUUACCUCAAAGGUGGCUGACGGGAGGGUACAGGAUGUGUUCUAGAAACAUUGGAUGAGAGUAUGUGUCAGUUCUCUAUUCACUAAAAUGGGAAUUGGAAACUUCUAAUAAAGAAUUGGGGGCUUCCCUGGUGGCACAGUGGUUAAGAAUCCGCCUGCCGGGCUUCCCUGGUGGCGCAGUGGUUGAGAGUCCGCCUGCCGAUAUAGGGGACAUGGGUUCGUGCCCCGGUCCGGGAAGAUCCCACAUGCCGCAGAGCAGCUGGGCCCGUGAGCCAUGGCCACUGAGCCUGCGCCUCCGGAGCCUGUGCUCCACAACGGGAGAGGCCACAGCAGUGAGAGGCCCGCGUACCGCAAAAAAAAAAAAAAAGAAUCUGCCUGCCAAUGCAGGGGACACGGAUUCGAGACCUGGUCCAGGAAGAUCCCACAUGCUGCAGAGCAGCUAAGUGGGUGCACCACAACUACUAAGCCUGCGCUCUAGAGCCCGCGAGCCACAACUACUGAGCCCACACACCUAGAGCCCAUGCUCCGCAACGAGAAGCCCGCGCACUGCAACGAAGGGUAGCCCCCGCUUACCCCAACUAGAGAAAGCCUGCGUGCAGCAAAGAAGACCCAACGCAGCCAAAAAUAAAUAAAAUAAGUAAAUUUAUUAAAAAAAAAAGAAUUGGCAACGCCAACAUUAAUAUUUAUUUCACAUUAGUUGAAGGUAUUUUUUUCCUUUCAGGUUUAUUCUUUUGCUCUUUUGUGUAUGAUCUGUUUGUCGAGUGAGUCCAGACUUUUCUCACUUGGAUUUCUGCAUCAGUCAUCUCUGAAUUUCCCUCAUUCUUGGCUCCUGUUUGAGGUAUAAGUAGAGUUUUGAUGUAUUAGAGGUUGAGCUUUUAGGGGAGUUACUUGUUUUGGUAUACGGAUCCACCUGAAGAUCUGGAAAAUUCAAAGACCUUCUGACCUGAGCCUUUCUUUAGAGAAAUGUUACAGUAUGAAAGGUAUAUUGUUAAAAUACUUUUAUCACUAGUGCCAUCAUCAUAUGCUUCCCUUGGUGUUGAGGGCGCCUCUCCUAUGUUGGCUUUUGCCAGGGAAGCUGUGACCAACCUCUGUGGACAUGAAGAAAAGGGCUUAGUGUGGUGGCAGUGAGUAACCCCUAAACCAAGCGGCCACUGGGAACCAGACCUCCCUGUGGGGAGUGCGCUUCCACGUGGACAUCCAUUCACACUGUAUUUCACAGCAAACAAUAAAAACAAGACCGUUAUCUCAGAUUGUUUAAGCUGCAUUUCUGGAAAAUCCCUUCCUGUCCUGACCUUACCUCAGUCUGUUUGUAGUAUUUCCCGACUCCUUUACAAAGCCUCUAACGUUCUCCUAAGCCUUGGACUUGGGUCAAAGAGGACAGAGCCCAAAACUAUAGGGAGAAAAGGCAUUAAUGACCACCCAUUAAUACAGAGGUUAUGUUAUUCAUCAGGACUUCAUGAUGUUUGCAGAAUUUGUUAGCUUUUUCAGAUUUGUAAUUUGUUUUAUAGUUUGUCAUUCUAAAUAGAAAGUCACAUGGCACUAAUUUUGUAUUCGUUAAGUAUUAUCUUUCUCAGAGAAAGCUUCCCUCUACUCCCCAGUCAUGGAAGCUUCAGGUCUCACGAAACCCAGAUAGGUCUGCCCCUGGAAAAGACCAAUUGUGGUUUAUCUCUAGGCCUGGGAAUCUUGCCACCAGAUGUCUGAAAUCUGCCGAGGAGAGUGACUGCAGGGCCGGCAGUCAGCAGGAGCUGCUAAAACCAAAUGAAGUGCGUCACACAUAAAUACCCUUUUUUCCCUUUAAGCCAGACUUAAAUACUACCACUGAGUGUCAGCGGAAUUGACCUACACGUUGCUCCCCCCAUUGCUCAAGCGGGAAUGCAUCUGACAAGCACAGCCCACCCUCUUGCUCGUUCUGCUGUUUCAGACUCAUGGCCCCGGCGCUCCGGCCUCCCCGGGCUCCCCUGGGUGUCAGGAAGGAGGGACUCGGCCCGCGGCUCCACUCACCUUGAAGCGCGCGUCCCGUGGCUCCCACAGGACGCUGGCCGCUCCCGGUUCUACUGCAAGCAGCCUGCAUGGGUUUUCUGGACGAUCACUCUGCUUCCUGACACCGGGCGCUGAGGGCCUCUUAUCUUGUCCAGGAGGCAUCUGAGACAGCAGAGGGCACCUGGGGACAAGCCCCUGUCCGGGCGUUCCUGGGCUCCGGCUUCUUCAUUCGGCCCCGUUCUCGGCCCCGUUCUUGCUGGGACAAGGGUACUAGACAAAAACGGGAGCUCUUCCAGAGGCCAGCAGAAAGCUACACUUUCCAUCGAAGUGGAGGAGUCAAGGACAGGGACUGGAAGGGAUACCUGGAGAGGAUGCGGACCUGGGCAUGUGAGGAAAAUCUAAACUGAGCCUGUCCCUGUGUUACACAAAGGGGCCUGGCGUUUGCACAGUGAGAACAAACGUGAGGAAUGUUCUUCCUUAUUCGACAAGGAAUCCAAAUGGUGCUCUCCAAGGAGGACGAGAAUGAACUUGACUGUGUUGCUGUCCUUGCCUUCCUCUUCCUCUGCCAGCCCAUCACCACGUCACCCACAGCCAGCACUGCUGGUGAUGGCAUCCUUCCUCUGCCUGACGCUGGGUGUGACAUGGGUUUCGUCAAACAAUCCUGAGUUAUUAAUCAUCACCAAACCAUCUCACUCUUAAAGAACCAAAAUUAAGGCAAAAUAAAUGUGUCUUAAAGCCUUCUUGUAAAAUUCAAGUCCACAGUUUGUUUAUAGCAUGGGUCCAAAUCAUCUCUCUCAUAUAUAGACUGACAGUAAUAAAGGAAGUUGAUAAUGUAGGACCUUCCCUUUUUCCCCAGUACUGACAUAACUGUGAUAUAGCUUAUUGUACUUGGUGUUUUGGGUAGGAAACUUGCAUGCUUGGAUACUGAAAGUGUCACACUUCUUAGCUUUUCUGUAGAAGUAGAAAGUCUCAUAAGUCAAUGUUGAAAAUCUCGACUUCUGGUGCUUCUCACCAUAUGAUGAAUCCAUGUGAAUCAGUCAGGAUUCUUGGUUGCAAGCAACAGAAACAGACACGAUGUUGAAAGCACAAGGGAAGCAAUCCAAAGGGUAUUUAGAAGCCCACAGAAUUGUCAGGCAGACGAGGCCUCGCUCUAGCCAGCCAGCAGCAGUGCCCAAAACCCAGCUUCAGAGUGGCCUGGUGAGGAAAUUGCUGCUGCUGCUGUCACUGAAUUCUGCAACCCUUGUAGCUCGUCCUGCAAGGUCUGCAACCUUCAGUGGCGAGACAGGCCCCUGCACCCCGCUCUUGAAGGGCUGGCCACAGUCCCAGCUGCUGCAUCUGACUAGAGAAGCCCAGGUCCCCCACCCGCACUUAGGCUGUAAGGGGAGCUGGGAAAGCAAGUGUGGAGCUGGUUUCGCUUCUGUGAUGGUACUGGACACCGCCAACUGCAUCUCCCACAGACAGGAAGGGGCCAGAGCCUGGGGGGCGGAAGAGAAUUAAGAACGUCCACAACACUACCUAUUGUCUACUCUUCUCGAGCACUGCAGAAGGAUGAGUGCCAUGCAGCAGCCCGAUACUCUACUCAGUAAGAAAAGGAAGACGAGGGCCCUUAGCAGAAAGCCAGCGUGCAGGCAUUCGAGGCUAGGCUUCUCCAGUGUGGCGCUACUACCCUGGGGACCGGGUAAGUCUCUGUGGCGGCGGCUUGGUCCCACCCUCUCUGAGCUAGGUGCCAGCCUAGGAGCGACGAUCGAAACUUUGCCCAGACAUUGCCAAGUUGAGAACCACUGCUCUCUAUCUGGUGGUUCUUUCCUUCUGGAAAGAUAUCCUGAAUAGAAACAGUAACUGUCUUAGAGAUAUAAAUUAGACUUAAUAGAAUCCUAAUAGGAGAACUAGGUGAUCUGACUCCAAAAUUCAUAUGGAAAAAUAAACGUUCAAGAACAGCCAGGAAAAUCCUGAAAGUGAAGUGUGAUGGAGUAUAAUGAAGAGUACGCACAAAUUCUAAAGCUCGACUCAUUAUGACGAGGGCCCUCCUUGGGGCUCCAGCCAACCAUUCUCAGGCCUCCUGCACCAGCCUGGGCAGUACCUGACCCACUGGGUCUCCAUCCUCCCUGACAGCUUCCUCUGGCUGGUGGAACAUUCCAGGGCUUCUCCUCAGCCUGAGGGGGCUGGGCCCUGCUCAACCCCUGACCUCGGCCUGGCGGGUGCGCCCGGGCCACCACCACGUGUACCCUCACUCUGCUGGGCUUUCCACGAGCCACCUCUGUGCAGAGGGGCCGCACCCUCCCCGGACCGCAGACCUGAAUACCUACGGCCCAGUGGCUAUUUCCACUGGGAGGUCAGGUGACCAUGUCAAACUAACAGGUCCAAAGCUGAUGCCACCAACCCCCUGACCCCAAACCACAGUCUUCCCAAGUCAGUCGAUGGCCGUCCCGUCUUUCCAGGGACUCAGGCCCAAUUCUGUAGUUAUUUUUCACUCCUCUCUCAUCCCCACGUCUGAGUCACUAGGACGUCGCUGGAUCGGACCGCUCCUUGCCCUCCUCGCAGACACCAGCAUCCGCCUGCUCUCCCCGCCGCCACCCUGGCCCCUCUGCAGCAUCUCAGCGAUCCCUUGCUGGUUCCAUCAUGCCACACCCCUGAUCAGAGCACGACAAAAACUCCCGUCUUCAUUCAGUAAAACUCAACACUCUUAAAGUGGCUUUCAAGGCCCUACACAGUAUGGGCCCCCUUUUACUCUCUGACUUCACCACCUAAUAUUCUCUGUGACCCCUUCACACACCCACCUGUUCCAGCCACGGGGGCCCAGGGCCUUUGCAUGCACUGUCCUGCACACACACCUUCCCCAGACAUGCACAGCCAUCCCUCAGCUGCUCACGUCACCACCUCCAUAUGGCCUGAUGCCCCCGUCUCCAGUGGCACCCCACUCUCCACCCCUCAGCUUUCGUCCCUAACACAUAACACCUUCUAGACCCCACGUAGUCUACUUAUAUACUUGACCGUCCCCAAUACAAGUGCCUGGAACAGUUCCAGGCAUACAACAGGUGCCCAAUAUUUGUUGAAUUAGUCCAUACUGGGAUUUAAUAUAUGGUAAAGGCAUUUCCAUCAACAGGGAAAGAUGGUGCUGAGAAAUCACGCUGGAGCUCUACUUCUUAGAUAACAAUAAACACACACAAAAAUGCCUAGGCCUCUUUCUUUACCACCAAAGUAUCUGGAGGUUUCCUCUCUGGGGCUGUGGGUUUUCUCCAGAGAAAACGAGCAGUUCUGCUUGGAAAAAGAGGAGGGAUGAGGGUGGUUGGAAGGCUGCUGCCACUCUGAGAAGACAGUCUAUUACUCAGAUAAGUACAAAAUUAGUUUAUAAAAUCAAGACUUUCCUACUCCCAAAAUGUAGAAAGAAUGUUCUUGUAUUUCAUUAAGAAUUUCUUGCUCACCUGUGGUUGGCAGACUUUCACAUUAAACCCUGAUUUCAGCCCCUGGCCUCCCCCUCCCCACUGCCUGGGGUCUGCAAGUUCAAAGCCUUUGGGUCACUGCUUCCAAGAAGACUUCUUAGUCCUUUGAGGGGAGGAGCGGGUCCUUCUCCACGGGAGCGGGGAAAGGGGCCUGAGGCAGAAUCCAAGAAUCCUGUUUUCAGCCCUCAGGCCAGAAAGGGAACCCUUUCUAUGCAAGAUGCAAACCCAGACCCCACAGCAGGCGUGGAUAGAACUGUCCAUGGACAGGUGAGUGGAUAAGCAAAAUGUGGCAUAUCCAUACGAUGGAAUAUUAGUCACCCUUAAAAAAGAAUGAAGUUCUGACACACGCUACAACGGGGAUGAACCUUGAGGAUAUUUUGCUACGUGAAAUAAGUCAGACAAAAAAAGACACCACUGUAUGAUUUCCCUCGUAUGAGGUACCUAGAACCAUCAAAUUUGGAGAGACAGAAAAUAGGAAGGUGGACAUUUCUACCUUUUGGCUAUUGUGAAUAAUACUGCUGUGAACAUCGGUGGACCAAUACCUCUUUGAGUCUCUGCUUUCAGUUAUUUUGGGGAUACAUCUGGAAGUAGAAUUGCUGGAUCAUAUGGUAAUUCUGUUACCGUACAGGUGCCAUGGGCUGCAGGAGAGAAUUCCAUUCUCUUCCAGGUUAUUGUUUAACAGGUGAGAGUCUCACUUUGGGGUGAUAAAAAAGUUCUGGAGAUGGACGGAUGGUGGUGAUGGCCGCACAACAAUGUGAAUGUACCUAAUGCCCCUGAACUGUACACUUGAA